AUGUUGCUGUUUGGGGUUGAUCCUGGUCGAACGGUGCGAUUUCUGGCAAGCAUGCAGCGCAAUGGCAAUGGUCGCGCAUUAUGCCUAGCAAGCUUUGAUGGCGGCGAGGCGAGAUGUAUGUCGCAGCUUCAUAUCCUCUGUGCAUUGAUGCACCAGAUUCAAUUAGAAGGCCACCCAGAGGAUCCAGACGCAGUUGUCUUACCAUGUGAGGUGUUUGAUCUCAUCGGAGGUUCUGAAGCUGGCGGGCUUCGUAUGUCCGCACCAGAGGCUGCUGCGGCCUUUGAAACCAUCUCGCAUCAAAUCUAUCUCCAGCAAACCCUGCCGGCGAAGGACAGAUCACAUAUACUAAGAAGAUCUCUGGAGAGUCUUUUGGAGCAAAGGAGCUUAGACGCCGAUGCAAAACUAUACGAUGGCUCCUGUCCUCCAGCUUUCGUGAUUGUAACACCCACAUCCAAUCUAUCAAGUUGUAUGAAGUUUAGGACGUACAGGUCCCGUGUCGGCCUACCGAGUCAAAUCACCAUUUUAGACGCCAUGCUAGCAACUGCAGCGACACUGCCUUACUUUGACCCUGUCAAGGUUAAGCAGUCUUUGGGUGAAGAAGAAUACAUAGCGCCCUCCUUGGAAUUCUACAAUCCUAUCAAAGAAAUCCUUACAGAGGCACAUGGACUUUACUCUGGCAAGGCUCAAGUUGCCACCCUUGUCAGCUUUGGCGCGGGCAAUCCUGGCGUUAUAAAAUUCAAUCCAGGCUCCGAAGAUUGGAAACUCACGCUUGCGAAGCUUCUAUCAAAUAGUGAGCGAGUUGGAGGCGAAAUCGGCUCUCAGAUGGGCCACCUCGGGAUUUAUUUUCGGUUCUCUGUUCAACAGGGAAUUCAAAUCUCAUCGCUGCCAGAAGGCAGAUUGAGCUCUUUAAUCGGUACCCAUACCGCUGCAUAUCUCGAGGACUACGAGGUGGCAAGCCGGUUAGAGGCGUGUGUCGAAUCCAUCCAACAGCGUGUAGGUGUUACGACGUUAGACCAGCUUAGGAGAGUAGGUGGCGGGCAAGCAACCUACAAGGGCAUACCAGCUUUGACAACACAUUUUGUAAUGCGUUCAGAACCAUGGAAGCGAAUGACAGAUGCCCUACAAGACGAUCAAUCUCGUCAGCGAAUCAUAGUCCUCUCUGGCAUGGGUGGUCUGGGCAAGACGCAGUUGGCCAUUCAUUUUGUCGAAGAACAUCGGUCAAGAUUUGACUACAUCUUCUUCGUCGAUGGAAGCUCCGAAGCAAGUAUCCAACUCGACCUCAUCGCCCACGCGAAGAGUUGGUCUCCAGGAUGCACGCACCUGACCCUCGAAGCAAGCCUUUCCGCUUUCUGCGAUCCUGGACAUAAGAACUAUCUCUUGUUCAUCGACAAUGUUGAUGACGUUAAUAUUGACCUUGCCCGAUAUCUUCCCCAGUCGAAUUCUGGUUGUAUUAUCAUCACAACUAGAAACCGGUCACUUGGUCAUCUGGCGAGUCAGCCUUCGUCGCACGUUGAGCUAGAGGUAAUGAAUGUAGAAGAAGCGACGGAGGCAAUCUUCCGAUCAUCGAGGCUGCCAACUACCAAUGGGAACAGGCAAGCGCUAGUUCAGAUUGCGGAAGAGUUGGGAUGCUUGCCUGUGGCUCUCAUUCAGGCCGGAAGCUACAUAUUUCAAUCACACUGCACUCCAGAGGAGUACCUCGAUCUGCUUAAGCAGCAUCUGGUGGAUAUGCUGGAGCAGGCGUCGGCUGACCGUCAGAGGAGGAGCGUGCACGCAGCCUUCAACAUUUCCUAUCAAAAGCUUCCGCAUGAGCUUCAAAACUUUCUACUACUUCUCUCGUGCUUCCAUUUUGCCAAUUUUCCGACUGCCAUCAUUCCAUCUGCGGCAAAGGCGGGAUUUCGCACCAAGGUGCGGUGUCUUCAAGAGCAAGAAUCCGACUCAGAGCUCUCUAUUCCCCUUCUUCAGUCAAUAUUCUGUCCGAAAGGAGGGGAAUGGGAUGACCGCACCUUGCAUCAAUACGCUAUCAUACUCCAGCAAUAUUCUCUUGCUUCGUUUAGUCCGACAACUGGUACACUCAUGCUCCGGCUUCAUCCACUUGUCCACAAGUGGGUGUCCUUUCGUACGUCGCCUAUACCCAUGGCUGCCUUUCGACAAGGCGCUGUCCGCUUGUUGUCCUGUGGUGCAGCAAUGGAGAGUUUGAGACAUCACUUGGCCCCGCAUGCAGAGGAGAUCAUCAGACAUACCGAUAUAGAGACGAUUGGCGCUGAUGACAGCGCCGCUAUUGCCAUCAUCUUGCAGGCUGCUGGUCAAGGUGAGCAAGGUCGGGAAGUGUGGCGCCGGAUAUUAUCUCAGCUCGAGAAUAUUCAUGGUGAGAAGGAUCUCCGAGUGGCAACCGUCAUGAUGGAGAUAGGCGGCGACUUCUCUGGGAGGCUCACGGAAAUGGAAACAUUGGUGAUGAAAGCUAUCGCCAUCCGAGAAGAACUGCUAGGCAGGGAGAAUAUAGAUACUCUCAAAGCCAAAGGGCUCCUCUGCGGAAUCUACCGAUAUGCUGGGAAGGUGGAUCAAGCACGUGAGGUUCAAGCAGAGGUAUCAACAAUCCUCAAGGCACUCAAGUCGGCCUCGCAAGAUGACAAGUUCCAGGUCACAAAGUGGUUUGGAUCAAUUCAUACAUUUCAAGGGGAGUGGGCAGCAGCUGAGCGUCUUGAAAAGGAGACGCUUGAGGACCUUAAAUCGCGCUUGGGAGAAACGCAUCCAGAUACUCUCCAGGCGAUGAACAACCUGGCGUACCUCUACUAUUCGCGCGCAUGGUUCAAAAAGGCCGAAGACCUAUGGCUCCGGGUCGUCGAAGUCCGCAAAGAGACUCUUGGAAAGGAGCACCUGGAGACUCAAAGAGCGACCGCAAACCUCGGCAGUGUCUAUCAUGCUGAGGGUCGAUACAAAGAGGCGGAAACGCUCAUGCUUGAGGCGCGACGUGUGGUUGGGAGAAUGCUGGGGGAGUCGCAUUGGCUGACGCUCAUAUCUCUGGGAAACCUGGGGACCAUUUAUCGCUCACAGCGACGCAUUACCGAAGCGGAGGCCAUGUUCGCCAAGGUGCUGGAUCUUGCAAGGGGCGCAUAUCCAGAGUCAGACCCGAUAGUCAUGCGAGCUCUCCUUGCAUUGGCCAAAUUCUAUCUCUCGGAGGAUGAGGGAGAAAAGGCCCUCCCGCUAUUGAAUACCGCUUUGGCACAACUGGCUAACGAGGGGACCAACAACAGACUUGAAUCUGGUCACUCGCUCUAUUACAUCGCACGGGAACUCCUGUCCUCUGGACUCUUGGAAGAGGCGAAGCGAUGCGCGAUGCAGGCGGAGAGGUUGCUUCUGGAGCCACCUUCUAGAGCAGAUGUCACAUCAGGCUCAGAUGAAUUUUCGCGAGAAAUGCCGAACAAAAGCUCUGCCAAACAGCUUCUGGAAAACAUAGAGGAAGAACUAGAGGUAGAGGGGAGAAUGAAGUAG